GACCAUUGUUUACAACAUGGCGUCCUUACGUGAAAGAGCUUUAUCUACGAAAACGUUAGUGUGUCUUCUUCAAGCGCUUCAAGAAAGAGAAACAACCGUGGAACUACGAAAUGAAGUAUCGAUUUUAGGAAGAAUAGAAAUAGUUGAUGGAUACAUGAACCUCACAAUGACUGAUGUGACUCUAACAACACCAAAUAAUGAACAGCAGAAAUAUGAAAGUUUUUUUGUUCAAGGGAAGCAAGUAAGAUUUGUCCAUAUUCCAGAUGACAUUAACAUCGUUGAAGCCAUUAAGAAACAACUGAAUCUCAUUCGUGGGCGUGGUCAAUAUAAGGAAAGGAAACAACACAAAAAAGCUUUAGCUCAAACACUAAAAAUCAGACAAGAGAAUUUACUGAUGAAAGAAAGACAGCAAGAAUCAUCGUGAUUGAGUCUGAGUUCUGAGGGUAUGAUAAGUGUGCCUGCAUGUGUACAAAGGUAACACUUUUAUAAUGCUGUUGCUUGAUGCUGUCACUUGUAUAUUUUACAGAUUGAGUCUAUACAUUGGCAAAAAUUAUUACUAGUGAUCUUAUUGAGUGUGCAGUUAUAAAUUAUAAAAACUGUCUUUGAAAUUAUUUCAUUGCUGAACAUCUUAUAUGUUGUCAAAAUGUUAAUGUGUGGGCACAUGGUUAUAUCAUGAACAGUUAGUUUUUAGAAAGGUAAAAUUAAAAGAGGUAAAACUUUAAAUAUGUAUAAAUGUAUAUGGCUAAAAUAAAUAUAUUACAUAAAAUUA